CACAGCCCCUCCUUCGCCAAAGUUUCUUCCCGGCUGGAUUCUCAGUUUUCUUUCUUUCUUUCUUCUUCUUCUUCUUUCUUUCUUUCCAGGGUGGGCCCACAGAUUCCCCCUCCCAGGGAGGAGAGGGGGGACCCCCCCAGCCAGCUCCCCCUCCCCAAAAUGGCCAAAUCUUACGACCACCUUUUCAAACUGCUCCUGAUCGGGGACAGCGGGGUGGGCAAGACCUGCCUCAUCAUCCGCUUCUCCGAGGACAGCUUCAGCGGCACCUACAUCAGCACCAUCGGCAUCGAUUUCAAAAUCCGGACAGUGGAAGUGGAGGGUAAACGGAUAAAAUUGCAGGUUUGGGACACGGCUGGCCAGGAGAGGUUCAAGACCAUUACAACCGCCUAUUACCGAGGAGCCAUGGGAAUUAUUCUCGUCUACGACAUCACGGAUGAGAAAUCCUUCGAGAACAUUCAAAAUUGGAUGAAGAGCAUCAAAGAGAAUGCCUCAGCUGGAGUGGAGCGCCUCCUGCUGGGGAACAAGUGUGACAUGGAGACGAAGCGAAAAGUGUCCCGGGACCAAGCCGAAAAGCUGUGCAGGGAGCACGGGAUCAAGUUCUUUGAGACCAGCGCCAAGUCCAGCUUGAACGUGGAGGAGGCAUUCAAUACUUUGGCACGUGACAUUCUGCUCAAAUCGGUCAAGAAAUCAGCUCAGCUCCCCAAGAGACCUGUGGAAUUGAAAGCCACGCCAAAAACCAGCUCAAAGUGCUCCUUGCUGUAACCGCCGGCCAGCCAUUCCGGAAAGGCCCCGUGGCUCCUCUCCUAUGCCGGCCAUUCGGCUUGGGUGGGGCUGCUUCUCCUCCCUCGAGACCCCCAAGUUGUUUCAGGCUGGACCCUGGAAGGACUUGGGGACAGUUUCCCCCAAUUUUCUUCUUUUUUGUCAUUUGGGGGGGACUCUGCCUUUUAACUUUUGGACUUGCAGAAAGGGAAGGAGAGUUUGGGGAGGGAGGGGGUCCCAGAGCUGAGGCAGAGGUUGAAAAAUUGGGGAGGGGGUGUUAAUAACUGGGGAUGCCACCCCCCCCCAAAUCUCUGCAUUCGCCAGACAUUUUGGGACGACGUUUGUCGAAGUUUGCAACUUUUAAAGAUAGGUGAACUUCAACUCGCAGCCUUGCUAGCUGGGGAACUCUGGGAAUCGAAGUCCCACCCAUCUUAAAAAGUUGUGACAAUAGAAAAAUGCCAAGCCCUGUAGCUCCGCAGUGCCUUUAAAUGACCUAGGAAAGAAUCAGAUUAGAAAUCUCUCAGCAGGAGGAGGAAAAAAAAAUCUUAAAAAGUAUAUAUAUAUAUUUCUGCCUGCUGGGAACUGUCUGCACUUUGGAUGGGUGGAAACCCAGAAUCCAGCACCCAGGAGGAACCAGUCACAACGUUGGGGGACCAACUGCCUUUUGUAAAUCUGUGAAGACAAUUAAAAUAUUUGCAGUUUUUCCGAACA